UAAAUUUGUAAAUUUAGUUGAAUCGAAGUACUGUGGGGCCUUAAUUAGUUCAAAAGCACACGAGACAUAAAUGCAAUUCGUUGUCAUUCCCAACUCGUACUGUUAUUAGACUGGAACAGUGGUAUAGCUGGCGAUCCGAUAUGCGUAGUAUGAUAUGUUACACCCCGUGUAAACUUUAGACCGGUACUUCCUGAUCUCCAAAACAGAAGGUGCAGUAUAAGCGGAUGUACAGACCUAAUUUCACAACUUUGUGGCGAGACGUUGUCUAAAAAGGAGUUGUAUCGGACCAUAUCACCACAAAUAUGACUUCGGAUCUGCCAGUUCUCCUCGCAGCAGUGUCGAUACUGUCUGCUCUCCACCUGGUGUUUCAGGCAAGACGAGUGGGGUGGUCAAGGAUGAAACAUAAAAUUAUGCCACCCACUGUUACUGGACCACCUGAGUUUGAAAGGACAUUUCGUGCACACCAGAAUAGCAUAGAGUCAUAUUCCAUUUUCUUGGUGGUAUUGUGGAUCUCUGGCAUCUUUUGCAAUGAAGUGCUUGCUGCUCUUGGAGGACUUCUGUAUAUUGUGGGCAGAGAGAUGUACUUUACUGGCUAUAUCCGUGAAAGCAAGAAAAGGUUGCCAGGGUUUUAUUUGGUGCUGUGUGCCCUGUUAUUCCUAACUGUGACGGCUACCAUUGGAAUAAUUCAAUCAUUUUUGAGCAAAUAUCUCAACACCAGACUUCUCUAAAUCAUUUAAUUAAAAUUUUCAAAAGUUUUUUUCUUUUUCUUUACCAAUCUAUUAAAUAAAAGGCAUGUAAAAUCUAUGUUAUGGAUGUUUCAGAUCAACUUGACGUGUUUAUGUUUCAUGUGUCAGUUUAUUCUCAUUCUAAGGUUCAUAUUACAGUAUUAAUUCAGAGAACCCAGUGAUAAACUCACCACUAAAUUGUUGUUGAAAGCGUGAUCUUUAGUGGAUGUCAUGUGGACUGAAUUGGAAUUCUAAUAUAUUUUGUAAGUUUUUACCAAAAUUGAGUUUGAUCUUCAUACCUAGUGUGUCAAAACUGAGAGAUAGUCAGCAUAUUUGUGCUGUUUCAGGUCAACAGGGAGAACUGGGUCUUCUUAUGAAUAUAAAUUGUCCUGAGGAACAUUAAAACUUUAUUGUUUGUCA